GAUCAUCUCAUCCUGAACUGCUGGCACUACCUCAUACCUCAACUUUCUCAUCCAGCAGACAAGGGCGAAGUCGUAGCAGGUGGACAACAGGGCGAAGGUGACUUGGAUCUCAGCUAUCCGCAGCGCGUGGCUUGCUGUGCCGAUGGGUCCCUGCUCGUAGCGGAUCCAGAAAACGACCGCAUCUGCCGGUGGAGGAACGGUCGCGGUCAGCCGCUGGGGGAGUUCAGCAAGGCUGAAGACGAUGACUCUGUCAGCUAUGCAGUGUGCUUGGACUGUGACGGCUCCAUCGUUGCCACUACGUAUCAGGGCCUGGCUCGUUGGGACUGGCGUGUUGGAGAGGACCGCUUGUGCCAAGAGGCUGCAGCUGCGAAUUUGGCGGACCAUUGCGGUCUUUGUGCAAGCCCAGAGGGCGUUGUGGUUGCCGAUCAUCUGAAUGGGAGAGUGGUUCGAUUCCUCCACCGAGGUGGUUUCGAGGAACUGAUCCGACAAGGCGACACAUGUCGUGGACGCGCUUUGGAGCGGCCCUGCGAUGUCACCUUCGGCCCAGGUGGCUCUCUCCUAGUUGCGGACCGGACGGCCGGGCGAGUGCUCUGUCGCACUCCGCGGGGCGAGCUGUCCAUUGUCGCAGACGGGCUUGCCGGGCCCUACUCACUUGCACGAUGCGGGCAGUUCCUAUACGUGGGACAGUUCAAGACUAUGAACGUAGUGAGAAUUGAUCUUCGUUGCGGUUCGAUCGAGGACUGGCGUUCUAUCAGAGGGCCCACCGGGAUCUGCUUUGAUGCCGACUGCAAUCUGUACGUCACUGAGAAACUCAUGCACAGAGUCUUGCGCUUUCCCGCUGAAUUCGCUUGA